UAGUAUUUUGGCGCCGAAAUGUAAUUAUUUGCUCGUGUGGUGAAAUAAAUUAACGUUGGUGUAAUUCCUUGUGCUCGAAACGUUACAUUUGGGUUGAUUUAUGCCGUGAAAGGUUUAGUGUUUUUCGCUUCGUGGCGUUGGCAUUGAACGUCACUGUCAAGUCGCAUGUGCUCCGUUUUUCGAAAAUCGCACAAAAAGUUUGAAAUGUGGGAAAAACUGUCAACUCUUUUAACCAAAAACAACCUCCUCCAAAAGCGGUACUUGUUUAGCGUUCAGCUGGGGCACUGUCAACACCUGCAAGUGACCAACUCGCGAAUCCUAACCCCACACACCAAGAAAUGGUUGAGUUUGUUAUCUAACUACCGAUUUUCAAAAUUUUGCCAGUCAAGUAAGUUACAAGUCCAACCGUUUAACGCGAUAUCAACCAGCGAGAGACUUGGCAAUGCGUCACUUGACCGGUUUUUAAGGGACGAAAAAAUGGACCCUGAAGCUUAUAAAAAGAAUUUAUUUAAACGAAGACCGGUGUCUGCAGUCUUGAAAAAAUCAAUUAAGGUACGUCGACCUCCAGAUUUAGUGAGACACUAUUCAACUAGCGUUGAUAAGGAGGUUGAUAACAAACCGGCAACUUCUGAUAGAAUCAGCACUUCGCCUAAAAACGUUCUCCACAAUGUUUUCGCCGUUGUUGCCCAACAACUCAACAACAGAGAGCUUAAAUUACAACCGAGUUACAACAUAAUCAAGGAAAAAAAUAAAAUUGUUUCGUGGUGUUGCACCUACAACCCCAAAUGGCCUGAGCCAAUGAAGUUUGUCUCAACUGGAAAAACCAAACAAGAGGCUUCGCACAAAGCGGCUCAUGCCGCUCUACUGUGGUUAAAAAAACUGGAAAAAAUAACACCAGACGGCCAUCCAGUCAUGAUAGAUAAACGCGAAGUGUUGGACAUUAAUAGACGCUCACUUCCCACAGUAACACUCGACCAGAACACAACAAAUCACUUGAAAAACGUAGCAGAAAUUUACAACAAUGAGUUCGUCCCACUUUUGCAAGAAAAUCUCGAUAAUAAGACCAAACCAGCGUUUGAAAUAAACGAAAUUCAGAGCUUGAGUGAUGUUAAUGGGAAUUUGAGACAGAAGGUGUUUCCAGUUUCCAAAUAUUUAGCUAAGGAGAAAGUUAAUUUGCCCAUUUCUGAAUACAAGGAGCAGUUUAUACAUUUGUUGAGAGAGAACCAAAUUAUUAUAGUUAAAGGGGAGCCAGGUUGUGGGAAAAGUACCCGGAUUCCGCAAUAUGUUUUGGAAUCGUGGGCCACUGAAGGGCUUAGUAAGGGAGAGCCUUGCAGAAUUGCGGUCACACAACCUAGGAGGAUUGCUGCCAUGUCUUUGGCCGAUCGGGUGUCUGAUGAAAGGGACGAAAGGUGCGGUCACAUAGUCGGUUAUCAGAUCCGCCUAAAAUCCAAUUUCAAUCCAAACACCGGCCGCAUCCUCUACUGCACGACCGGAAUUCUCCUCAAACAUCUUCAAUCCGACGUAAACUUGAGUAACUUUACGCACGUUAUUUUAGACGAAGCCCACGAACGGGACGUGAACACAGACCUGUUGCUGAAUUUGCUACGAAAUGCAAUCACCAAAAAUAAUAAUUUAAAACUAAUAGUCAUGAGUGCCACCGUUGACAUCGACCUGUUCAAAAACUACCUCAACGACGCUCCCACCAUGCACAUUCCUGGCUUUACAUAUCCGGUCAAAUCGCAUUUCCUCGAUGAUAUUAAUCUCGAUUUGGGCAAAACGCGAAAAAUCUGCGAAAACAACGAAUCGCCGAACGUAAUGCAUGAAGAUGUGGCCAAGAUUAUUAAACAUGUUCAUGAUACGAAGGAUGAGGGGGCGAUUUUGUGUUUUUUGCCCGGUUGGGAGGAUAUUGUUAAAGUGCAGAAGUUGAUUCCAAUGAGGGGGGAUUUGGCUGUGUUGUGUCUCCACUCAAGGUUGCAGGAUUCCGAUCAGAGGAAGAUUUUUUCGCGGACUCCGCCUGGUGUCAGGAAAGUUAUUCUCUCGACGAAUAUUGCAGAGACUUCAGUCACGAUUGACGAUGUUGUUUAUGUGGUCGAUACGGGGAUUCACAAGGAGAAUCGGUUUGAUAAUGCGAAAGGUGUCACGUGUAUUGACAACUAUUGGAUCUCACAGUCAAGCAUGACACAGCGUAGAGGGCGCGCCGGUCGUGUACGACCAGGCGAAAGUUUCCACUUGUACACAAAGUCAAAAUAUGAUUCGUUUUCCCCAUUCACCGAUCCCGAAAUUUUGAAAACAUCCCUCACAAAAAUCGUCCUAAACUCCAAAGUUUACAGCAAUAACAUGGACGCGUUAGAAUUUAUGAGUCAAUUGCCUAGUCCUCCCGAAAAAAAUACAACACGGAGAGCCGUCCGUGAAUUGAAAGAUUUGCAACUAUUGGACGAAAACGAAAAUUUAACAUCACUCGGGAGAGUCUUAGCCAAUUUUCAAUUAGAACCGAAAUUAGCCAAAGUCUUAGUCAAUGCAGUUGUGUUCAAAUGUGUGACGCCCGUUGUUGAUAUCGUUACGAUUUUUUCGUCAAACACCGAAUUGUUUAGUACGAGUCUUGUGGAUAAAGAUACCAUUAAACAAAUCAAGACGAAAGGGAGCAAACAUAGCGAUCAUUUAGCCAUGAUGCGGCUUUUUGAGGCCUGGCUACAACUGAUGGAAGAGAGGGACGCAUCAGCAGCUGAACGAUAUUGUUACGAUGCUAAAUUAGUUCACCAUAAACUUGUCACUCUAAAUAAACUGAGGGAUAUUCAUUUCGAUUAUUUACACAACGGCCUCCAUGACUCACUUCCAAUUGCUGAUAACUUCUCUGAUAAUGAUGAACUAGUCAAAGCUAUUUUAUUCUCAGGCGUUGGGACGUUGCUGAGGCACCGAAACUUUGACAUAGUUAAAGGGCGCUGUAAAAAAUCGAACGUUUUUUUGACUAGUUAUAAUCACAAAGCGUCGAUUACUUCGGAAAGUGUCAAUUUUAAAAAGACGGCGUUUCCGUCAAACUUCUUAGUUUAUUUUAACGAAAUUCAGUCAAAUAUUAGGAGAAUUACUUUAGUUAGGGAAUGCAGUGUUAUUGCCCCUAUCGCCGUUCUGUUGUUUUCUGAUAAACCCCUCGUUACCAAAGAAGUCGAAACUAAUGAUAAGGUUCUUUUAAGUCUCAAAGACACCAAAAUAGAAAUUCAAUGUUCCAAAGAAGAAGCCGAACACAUAAUAAAGUGCAAGGAAGCGAUUGAUUCAGCCUACUCCUAUUUCAUUUUCCAGAUGACGGAAGGUGGCGAGUGCAAUUCACGAAUAAACGCAAUUUGGGACAAAAUUCUAAACCACAUUAACUCAAUUUUGGAGAAACACAGUAUUAAAUAAAAAUCUGGUUUUUGUACAUUAAUAGAAGCUUGAAUUAAUUUA